ACCAGGUGUCUGACGAGGCUGCAACUCUCCAAAGUUCACCGGAGCACUGGGCAUCACACCAGUUGCAGGUCGUAGCGCAUCAGCAGCAACUCAACUGAGCUGAGGCGAGGAGUAUGGCGACCGUCGUCUGCUGCUACCGCUCGCUCUCCGGCCCGCCGCUCCACCGCCGGCGCGUCGUGCUGCCGCCGCCGCCGCCGGCGCAGCUGCGAACUGCAGCGGGCGGAGGGCAGCAGCAGCGGCGGCGGAGGCCGAGCUUGCAGUUGCAGGUGGCUGCGACGGCGGCCGGCGGCGGGCGGGCGGAGUCCGUGAAGGAGGCCACCGACGCCGAGUUCUUCCGGCCGGCCGACACCAGGCCCAUCAUGCUCUUCGACGGCGUGUGCAACCUCUGCAACGGCGGCGUCCGGUUCGUGCGGGAGCAUGAUCCCAACAGAAGCAUCAGGUAUAUUCCGCUGCAGAGCGAGUCCGGGAGGAAGCUCCUGCAGAGGUCAGGGCGAGCCCCUGAUGACAUCUCCAGUGUUGUUCUUGUCGAGAAGGACAGGUCCUACAUCAAGUCUGAAGCAGUGUUGAGGAUAAUGGAGUAUCUCAACCUGCCUUUCCCUCAGCUAGCCACUUUCCUCAAGGUUGUCCCUCUGUUCCUGAGGGACUUCGCGUACGACAAUGUUGCAGACAACCGGUACACAGUAUUUGGCCGCUCUGAGUCGGAGUCAUGUGAGAUAUUGUAAAAUGCCAGUCACAACCCAUCAAUACCUUAUUUAUACGACACACAUUAGGAGUUUGUAGACCAUGAGAAUAUGAGAUAACAUGAACAAUCAAAAGAUGAAUGUAAUCAAACUUAGUGUGGUUUACAAGGCCAUCAUCUAAGAAAGAAUUGUACUGCUCCUUAGCAGUAUGUCUAAAGAUGAUAGCAGUGUGGAGCAUUAGCUGUCAAGGCUUUGAAAAGUCUACUUUCGGUACCACCCAUCCCUCAAUGGUUCCCUGUGCAUUUAAAAUAGUAGCAUU